AUGUCCGACCGUCGACCAGGAUUCACGCCGGAGAUGCUACGCCGGUACAAUAGGCACGAUCAACAAGUUCGGCGUAACACAAGCAUCCCUAAAAUCGUGGACCUCGCUUACCAGGACAAGUGUAUCAAUGUGUCAGAUUCGAGAGUACUGAAUACAACCGGUGGCCACAGGGAAUUGCCUUAUGUGCUGGAAACCGCCGACUAUGGUGACCCACCGAUGAUAUCAGACGUAGACGAGCAGAUCAUACUGAAGCUUGAAUUUUACAGGCCGGUAUGUUUGGCGGCUAUACAGUUUCACUGUAACAAUCCCCCUAAGUACGUGGAUGCUGCGCCACCUAAGACAGUCAAGCUUUUCGUUAACCGACCUGAACUGGAUUUCCGGGACGUUGAAACGCUUAAACCCCGGCAUACUAUUGUUUUGGAUGACGAAUCAUUGAAGAAGAAGCAGAGUCUUAGUAUGAACAAGUUCCGUCGUGUAGUGUCUCUGCAGAUAUUCUUUGAAAACAACUUGGGGUCCAGGAGACACACUUUCCUGAAUCGAUUGUCACUCUUCGGCUACAUGUACCCAGUAUGA